GGUAAAAACAAGAAGAAGUGAAAGAUUCUUCUUUGGUCGUCAAGACAAGUCUUCAUGCCUUGCAGCAUAAAAUCUCUACUUGGGAAGAACAUGAUCACACCCCUUGCUCAGGUGAUCCUUUAGGUCAUUGCAAGACUGUCAUGUUUUCUUGGGGAAACUACAGAUCUGAAAGUGAAAUGCGUCGCCAGGUUCUUCAAACAAGGUUUAUAGCUGACUUGGAGUAAGUUAACAUGGCUAAAAAUUCUGGCUUGGAGUCUCCUUUAGCGUUCAUUAAAGAUUCAAAGAAUAUCACUAGGGGUCAGCUCGAUUCCCUUCUAAAAUCAUACAACUGUUAUUUUAAGGACAAGAAGAACCUACAAAUAACAUAUCACCAGAAUGACAGCGGACAGAUUGUUUUAUCAGGACUUAUUGAGAUUUUCUGGGGAGUUCAACGACCCAUUAGAUUCCAAAUGCAAGAUGAAAAAUGUGUUUCUACAGAAUCUAUCCAACUGCCAGAAGUUAUUGGAUCAAGUAUAACAAAGAGUGGAAUGAUGCGCUGGGGUGAAUUUGACGACCUUUACCACAUUGCAGAAAUAGAUGAGCCUGUAGUGAAUUCAGAUGAGUUGGACUCAAAAGACGAGUAUGCAAAAUAUGAGUAUGACACAACCACUCUCAGACCUAAUCUUAAUGAUCACGCACCCGAUUCACCAUCUUUGUACAGAACCAUGAGUGAUGCUACUUUAGUAAGAAAAAGGAUUCGACCUAACACUCCAGACAGAGCUCAUCUACAGCAACAUCGGUUUUCUAUUAAUGGACACUUCUACAACUUUAAAACCUCAAUUUUCACUCCAACUUUUGGUUCAGAGACAAAAGUCAUGAUUAACAGCAACAUGAAAACAAAAGAAGUCAUUGAGCAGUUAUUACACAAGUUUAAGAUUGAGACUAGCCCGAAUGAAUUUGCACUAUAUAUUAUCCAUGCCUCAGGAGAAAAGAAAAAGCUGAAGAGCACAGAUUGUCCGCUCUGGGAAAGACUCUUACAAGGCCCUUCAGGAAACAUUGCAAGGAUGUUCCUCAUGGACAGAGAAGCAGAAGAGAUCAGCAGUGAUGUAGCACAGUAUAUUAAAUUUAGCCUUCCACUUUUGGAAACCAUUUUGCAGCGACUGAAUGAUGAGGAAGAGCGAGAAAUACAAAGGACAAUCGCUAAGUAUAUUCAUGAGAAAUCCAUAUUACGCCAAUACCUUAAUUCAAAAACUGCUAAAAAAACGGAAACCACAGUAUAAAAGUUUCAAAAUUCCAUAAAGAGGAAAUGGAUGAAGCUGUCAUUUUUUUAGAUGGCAAGGGACUACAAUGUGCUCCAGAUCCAUAGUCAUAUAAUGGACAACACAUCUUGACUACAGGGAUGUUGGGACUUGAGCUGUACUCUCAUCAGGCUGUUUGGAAACAUCAGUCAUAAUGAUUUCUUUAUUUAUUUCCCAGCUAUAUGAUAUAUGUGAAUGCUGAUUGUUAAAUAUGAAUUGAAGUGCACCAUGUGCAAAUGGAGACAGCCACAUGAUUGGACCUGUAUAUUUUCAGACAUUUCAUGUAAACCUCAAGGUUCAAAGUGACUGUAUUAGACAACCUCAAGAUUAAAAUAUAA